CCCAAUGCAUCAGCAGCAGCCAUGACAGCAACCGCUCCAGCUGCAAGAAAAGAUGUCAAAAAUGAUAUUCUUUCAUUGUUUGCUACUAAAUCGCCUACUAAUUUUCAAUCUAAUUCGAUUCAUCAAACUUCUAACUUGAACGAUCUCAAUGGAUUCAAUCAUCAAUUCGGUAAUUUGAACGUUUCUAAUCCGAGUUCUCAACCUUGGUCUCAAACUGGUAAUCUUGGUAAUCAAAUCUCAUCUUCUAAUGGGUUUCCUAUGAUGAAUAACAAUCAAACUACUUCUACAUUCAAUCAAACUAACACUAACACUAAUAACAACAACAAUAGCAGUAAUCUAUUUGAUACUCUUUCAGAUCCAUGGUCAAGUAAUAAUCAAUCUAAUCAAAAUGAUGGGUUUGGUAAUUUCUCAGUUGCAAGUAAACCUAAUCAUAAUAGUAGUAGCAAUGGAAAAGAUGCAUUUUCAGAUAUCUGGAAUUAAAUCAUUUGGUUUCCAUUUUUUUAAAAAUUUUAAGAAUGUCUUUUGUUUAUUUUACAAUCUUUGAUAAAGUUGAUUUAUGAUUGUUAUUUUGUUUUCUUUUUUUUUGGUGUAUUAAUAUAAGACUAAGACUGGAUUUUUUUCCUUACUCUCAUUUUUCUUUUUUACAUUACAUAUUUAACUUUUUUUUCAUAAGUCUGAUACUGGUUUUUUGUUGUUAGAGGCAAUUUGAUGUUUAUAUAUUAUUAUUUUUC